GUGAACUUUCUGUGGAAGGCGUACAAGACCCGUUCCUUGUUAGUGUCCAUAUCAUCACAGACCCAGGUCAAUCCAAGACUCUUCAGCAAGCCAUCGAUAAGCUUCUAGCCUGGAUCCAUCCAGACCUCCAGCUGUUUCGAGUCUCAGAGAGACGAGUGCCCAAGAAGCGCAGGAAGCCAGGUAAGGCUGGUGUUUCUCAGCCAGCCCUUGCCGUCAUUCUGUUUCUGCAGGAGGAAUAUGGAGAAGAACCAAUCUUGCAGCUCCACGAAAGCUUUCAGCGGCCACCUUGGCGUUACCACCACACAGAGCGAGUGCAUGGGAAGUUCCUCCCUUACAUGCCAUGCAGCCAGGACUUCUACACUUUGGCUCCAGAGACUCCUCUGUGGGCCAUUCGCCCAGUGCACUACGGGAAAGAAAUUAUCCGCUUCACUAUAUACUGCAGGAGUGAAAACUUUGUUGACAUUUUGAAAUUGUACGAGUUAAUACUGAAAAGACCAGUAUGUCAGAAAAAAGCUGACUUUUGUGUUUUUCCUGUCUAUUCUAACGUGGAAAUAGACAUUCAGUUUUCUUUAAAAAAACUUCCGAAGGGCCAAGUGCCGGUGCCGACGGAGUCAGCGGUGCUGGAGUUCAGAGUAAAAGAUGUGGGGCAGCUUGUGCCUCUCUUGCCCAACCCUUGCAGCCCCAUCAGUGAAGGCAGGUGGCAGACAGAAGACCACGAUGGAAAUAGGAUCCUUUUGCAGCAUCACAGGGUGACAAACUGCGUCUCUCUUUUGCACAGUGAUUAUCAGGACGGGGAGAGAGGUGGUGAAGGAAAAGAAAUGCACCCUGAAGAGCAGCCUAAUGAGGAUGAUGAUGCUGAACAGGAGGGCGAAAUGGCAAAUGGGAAUGACGUUACAGAAAUGGAAAUGAUCGCAUUGAAAGUAUG